CAGAGCCGCACACAGCCCGGGGAUGCGGGACUCUGCAGCUAGCACAAAGAGAAAAGAGGGGAGCAGUCUAUCCUCAAACCAGCGCUGGGCUUUGACUUAAAGAGUUAAAGUCUAACCCGCCCGCCUGGCUGGCACUGCCAGUGCAGCAGAAGAAGUGCCCACCACUUGGCGACAGCUCGAGAAGUGCCAAGAAUAAAAUUGGAUUCCUAUUUUACACACUUUCAGACGUUAAUUGGCGUCAUUUCACCUGCUAUCUCCGGACAGGGACGCGCGGUGUCCAGGUUGGCCGGAGACUGGACACAGGUAGGCGAGUGACUGACCAUCAGGAGGUGACCGCCGACCUGCCGCGACUUGUCGCCUCUCUCCUCCACUCCGCUCCGCUCCUUUCUCCGCUCUCCUGUGACAGAUGGUGUGAAAGCGGCGGAAGGCAGAGCCGGACUAUCCCCCUCCCUCACCACCACCGCGACUGAAGGAGGGAGGCGCACUUUGGCACCGAACUCCGACCGAGCGCUCGGCCGCCCAGCGCUGCGCCACGGCCGGUCACAGCAGAGCGCAGGAGCCGCUGCCCGCCGGAGGGAGAUCCGUCGCGCAGGGGUCAGCUCGAGGGCCACAUUAGGGGCCAGUGCAGAGCGGUCACUUUGGGGUGGUCAACGAGCGGCCGGUUUUGGGGCCAGUCAGUAUACGGGAGCAGCAGGAGGAGGAGGAGAGCUGACCCUUCCAGCGCCGCUCUCCGGGCGAUGCCAGUGUAAAUGCCAGGGCGAUGUCCCGACGCAAGCAGGGGAACCCGCAGCACCUGUCCCAGAGAGAAAUAACACCAGAGGUUGAGCAUCCAGAUGGCCGCCUGCUCUCCGACUCCAUACCCCCCCUCCCGCUCAGCCUGCCCUCCCACCCGCUUGGCCUACCUCCCCACCCGUUGGACCCUAGUCUGGCCCAUGCCCUGCCACCCGGCCUGCACGCUGACCACGACCUGCUGACCUGCGGCCAGUGUCAGAUGACCCUCCCGUUGGGCGACAUCCUCCUCUUCAUCGAGCACAAGAAGAAGCAGUGCCAAACGCCGCUGCUGGCCAAUGGCUGUUACGACAAGAUGACAGACCGGGGAGGAGACGGAGGGAGUCCGACUCUGCAGAGCCUUCAUCACCACGCACAGCGGGGGGAGCUGAGGAAGGUGGUGGAGCCGGUGGAGAUCGGCAUCCAGGUGACGCCAGAGGAGGAGGAGGUGGGAGGAAGGGAGAGGGGAGAGAGGAUGCCCACCAAAGGAAUUUUCCCCAAGCAGGAAAACUCAACGGCAGGUGGCAGGGAUGAGCCUUCCAGCUAUAUAUGUACCACAUGUAAGCAGCCCUUCCCCAGUGCCUGGUUCCUGCUGCAGCAUGCCCAGAACACCCACGGCAUUCGCAUAUACCUGGAGUCAAACCCCUCCAGCACAGCCCUCACUCCACGCAUCACCAUGCCUCCACCCAUGGGCAACGACUCCAUCCCACAGUCCCCACUCACCAACUUUCUUGGGGACAACAACCCCUUCCACCUCCUGAGGAUGACGGGCCCUCUGCUCCGGGAACCUCCCCCAGGCUUCAUGGAGAACCGCCUCCCCAACACGCCUCCAUUCAUCAGCCCACCUCCCCGCCACCACCUGGACGCCCAUCGGCUGGAACGCCUUAGCGCAGAGGAAAUGGGCCUCAUCUCCCAGCACCCUAGUGCCUUUGAGAGGGUGAUGCGGCUAACACCCAUGGCCAUGGAGUCCCAGUCCAUGGACUUCUCCAGGCGGUUACGUGAGUUGGCGGGGAACACCAACAACACCACACCACCGUUGUCACCCAGCAGGGCCAACCCUAUGCACCGACUACUAAACCCCAACCCCUUUCAGCCUGGGCCAAAAUCACCCUUUCUGAGCACCCCUCCCUUACCGCCAAUGCCCCCAAACAGCACCACCCCUCCCCAGACACAGAACAAGAUCAAGUCCUGUGAGUUCUGCGGUAAGACCUUCAAGUUCCAGAGCAACUUGGUGGUGCAUCGGCGCAGCCAUACUGGAGAAAAACCAUACAAGUGCCAGCUGUGUGACCAUGCCUGCUCUCAGGCAAGUAAGCUGAAGCGCCACAUGAAGACCCACAUGCACAAGGCUGGAUCCCUGACCGGACGAUCAGAUGAUGGGCUGUCCACCACAAGCUCCCCAGAGCCAGGCACCAGUGAUGUCACAGGUGAGGGCAUGAAGAAUCGUGAUGGUGACUUCCAGGGGGAAGGCAAUGAGGAGGAAGAAGAAGAGGAGGAAGAAGAAGAACUUGAGAAUGAGAGUCGACCAGAAUCCAAUUUCAGCAUGGAGUCUGAGUUCUACCGGAACAGGGAGAAUGGCUCCAAACCGCCUUCAGAGGAGAAGUCAUCAUUUGCCCUUGAGAAGAUGGUGGAAGGUGGGGGGCUCAAUUCUAUACAACAGUACAAUAAUUUGAUAGUUGACAAUCGGAAAAGGAUGCCAUUCUCCAAGAGGUGCUCAGAUGGUCAGCGGGACACAGGGGAUGAGGAUUCAGUGGCUGGGGAGAUGGACCACCACCAGCAGGAAGAGAGGACAACCAUUAAUGGCCGGAACUGUGGCUCCGGUGACUCUUUCUCAGGCCUGUUUCCCCGUAAGCCCACCCCCAUCACCAGCCCCAGCCUGUCCAACUCCUCAAAUAAGAGGAUCAAGAUUGAGAAGGACUUGGACAUUCCCCCAGCACCCCACAUCCCCUCAGAGAACGUCUACUCCCAGUGGUUGGUGGGCUAUGCUGCCUCACGCCAUUUCAUCAAAGACCCUUUCCUAGGCUUCACUGACUCCAGACAAUCGCCCUUCGCCACCUCCUCUGAGCACUCGUCUGAGAAUGGCAGCCUGCGGUUCUCAACGCCUCCGGGUGACCUGCUGGAUGGCGGGCUGUCGGGCCGCAGUGGCACUGCCAGUGGAGGCAGCACACCUCAUCUGGGUGGAGGCGCCGGUCCUGGCCGACCCAGCUCCAAGGACAGUAGGAGGUGCGACACCUGCGAAUACUGCGGAAAGGUGUUCAAGAACUGUAGCAACCUGACGGUGCACCGGCGCAGCCACACUGGCGAGAGGCCCUACAAGUGUGAGCUGUGCAACUAUGCCUGCGCUCAGAGCUCCAAGCUCACGCGCCACAUGAAGACCCAUGGCCAGCUUGGUAAGGAGGUCUACCGCUGUGACAUUUGCCAAAUGCCCUUCAGCGUGUACAGCACUCUAGAGAAACAUAUGAAAAAGUGGCAUGGAGAACAUUUGAUGACCAAUGAGGUCAAAAUUGAACAAGCAGAGAGAACCUAAACCAGGUUCUCUGUUUCCAUACUCUGCACCACACUCUGACUUAAAAAAAAAUAAACAAAAUGGGGUAGCUGGAUACUC